AUGACGACUCCAUUGGUGGUGAUGUGGUCCCUAUUUUACCACCUCUCUGCUGUCACUCCUGCCAGCCUGAUCCCUGCUCCAGUAUGUUCUUUGCAGGGCAACUUUGAGCCAGAUUUCCAGGCUGAUGGAGACUUAAUCAUUGGAGGACUUUUCCCCAUGCACUACAGGGUUGAGCCACCAGACCAGAACUUCACUUACAAACCAGCUGCUCCACAAUGUUGGGGAUUUGACCCCAGAUCUUUCCGCUGGGCCCAGACCAUGAGGCUGGCUGUUGAGGAGAUCAACCAGAGUCAGAACAUGUUGCCUAACUUCACUCUGGGAUACAAAAUCUUUGACUCCUGUGCAACACAUGUAGCAGGACAAAGGGCAGCUCUGGCAAUUCUGAAUGGACCAGAUUUAGCUCAGAGUGUUGUGUGUUCUGGCACUGCUCCUGUGUUGGCAGUUGUUGGAGAUUCUGGGACUUCUCAGUCCAUUGUUGUCUCCAGAACUUUGCAGCCCUUCAGAAGUGUUCAGCAGUAUCUUCAAGACGUUGUCUUCACUCUUUCUGGAGAAGAAGUUGAUUUUGAUGCACAUGGUGAUUCAAUUCCUUCAUAUGAUCUGAUCAACUGGCAAAGAGGAGCAACUGGAAAUAUUGAGUUUGUUAAUGUGGGUCUGUAUGAUGGUGCAAAGGACAUUGGGAAUGAGCUGUUUAUCAAGGAGGAGGCGAUCAUGUGGACUGGCCAUCAGACUAAGGUGUUGGUGUCUGUCUGCAGUGAAAGCUGUGCUCCAGGAAGCAGGAUGGCUGUGCGUCGUGGGGCGCCUGUGUGCUGCUUUGAUUGUGUUCCAUGUGACGACGACAAGGUUAGCAAUGAGAAUGAUUCAGUAGAUUGCACAUCCUGCCCUGAUGAUUACUGGUCCAAUGCAGCCAGAACUGAAUGCACACCCAAAGCGAUUGAGUACCUCUCCUACGAUGCAAUGGGACUAACCCUGACUGUGAUUGCUGUAGUAGGAGCCUGCCUGACUGUCGCUGUUCUGGGAGUUUUCCUCUACCACAGGAACACUCCGAUUGUCAAAGUCAACAACUCAGAGCUGAGCUUCUUCAUCCUGCUCUCUCUGACUCUGUGCUUCCUGUGUGCACUGGUUUUCAUCGGAGAGCCUACAUCAUGGUCCUGCAUGCUGCGCCACACUGCCUUCAGCAUCGCUUUCUCACUCUGCAUCUCCUGUAUCCUGGGGAAGACUCUGGUGGUGCUGGCUGCCUUUACAGCCACCAGGCCUGGAAACAACAUCAUGAAAUGGCUGGGGCCCAAACAGCAGAGAUUUAUCAUAUCUGUUUGUACCUUUAUACAAAUGAUAAUAUGUGCAGUGUGGCUGGUCACUGCUCCUCCUUUCCCAAAUAAAAACACUCAGUAUGACCGGUCCAGAAUAAUCCUGGAGUGUAGUGUUGGUUCUGAACAGGCUUUCUGGUGUGUUUUGGGAUACAUUGGGUUCCUGGCUGCUCUGUGUUUUAUUCUGGCUUUUCUGGCCAGGACGCUUCCAGGUAAUUUUAAUGAGGCCAAAUACAUCACCUUCAGCAUGCUGAUCUUCUGUGCAGUGUGGCUCGCCUUUAUACCAGCUUAUGUCAGCUCACCUGGAAAGUUCACUGUAGCUGUGGAGAUAUUUGCAAUUCUAGCAUCAAGUUUUGGGUUACUGCUGUGCUUAUUUGCUCAAAAAUGUUACAUCGUUGUACUGAAACCACAGAAAAAUAACAAACAACAUCUGAUGGGAAAAGUUACCAAAUAA